AUGGAGGUAAAUAAGCCUAUUAAGGGUUUCAUCAAACUUACCCAUAAACUCAAAAGUGGAGGAGCGUUUAAGCUAAAAAAGGAAGUAGAUGGAAGUACGAUAAUAGAAGUAAAUGGAACGGGAGGACCAAGAAAACCCAUAGAUAAUGUCAUAGAUGUAUCUUUAUACUACUGGGAUGGAGCUCCAGAUAAUCCUAUCCUACUUGGAAUCACGAAGAAGGAUGAACCGCAACCUACAUUCUAUGGCAGGGCAAGAGGUUACAAAACUUGGAGGAAUGGUACAGUACCUAAUAUGAAUGAACAACAAGCCUUAGAUAAUCAGAACUGUCACAAUAAUGGUGCUGUCCCAUUUAAUAUACAAGAUUCUCGCACAGGUAAUUUUCUCAAAGAUAAUAAAAUCACCUGUGUAAAGAAUAUCAGAAAGAUAGAGUCUACAUCAUCACUUAACCCCCCAGGUAGCGAAUACAUUGCUACAGGGUAUAUGAUUACUGGUCAUGAUACUAAGAUCUCUAGAGUUACAUAUAAGGAAAAAUAUACUACUGAUCUUACUCCUCCCACUUAUUCGGUUGGUGUAAUAAGGCUGUAUUCAUAUCUAGGUGCUAUAAAUGUACCUUUAAUGCUGGAAUUUAAGUCAUCGAACGAUGAAACAUCUAGGUGGUUUUAUAGCACAGACCUCGACGGAAAACAAUGGAAAGAAUACGGUAGUGGUAACAAUGGUUUUUACGCUGAUACAGACAAUUCUAAACCUACUAUACAACUCUCCGAACAACUCGAUAAAGUAUUAUGUUUUCGGUAUAGUAAUGUAACCAUAAAUCUUACCAAGACUCACUCUGAGCAUCACGCCACUGGUGGAGAUAAAAACAAGUACUGCUGUAAUGAGCAUAAGAACGAGAGAAAAAUCUCUGUUGUUCCUGUACAAGUUUCUUGUAAAAAUUUGAGUCACAUAUCAAGUCAUACCACAGCCUACAAACAUACCAUUAGAGGUGGAAAACUAGCUGGUGUCUUUUACAAGGAUGAUGGUCAAAGGAAAAACAUAAAAUUACACGGAUCACCAUUUCCCAUAGAUGGCGUAGAUAAUGUUUAUGCCUUUUAUUGUCAAGGGGAGGAACCCUCACUCAUUUACGUUGAAAGUGAAAACCCCGCAGCAAGAGGUUGGUACAAGAAUAGUAAUGGUCAAUGGAUGUGGAUCCUUCAGCUCAGUGGGAUAAAGCGUACUCACAUAGAAACUGGACUUACCUGCGCUCAAUGGACAAGGCUGAAAGAAGUACUGAGUCCACUAGGUUGCAGUAGCUUGAUAGAAUGUUCUUAUGGUAGCAAUAAUCAACAACAAGUUGAAGACGAAAAACAACUCGACAAGGAAGAGAAAGAGGCGGAAAAGGAACGAAAUAAGGCUCUAAAAGCAUCUCUUACUACUCCUGUACUCGAAAACUCUCCAAGUACUAUAAACUCUGAUGCUGCUGGUCCACCUGGUGAAAGUGGAGGUGAUAAAGAUGUUGAAGAAGGUAAAGCUAAAGCUGAAGAAACUAUUCCUGCUCAAAGUACUCAAUCUGGAACUCUUGUUCAACGUCUUGAAGCCUCAGAUGCUGGUAAUGUCUCUUCUCCCCAAAAUGCUUCUCAACAUUAUCAAACUGAUCAAGGUGAACAAACUUCUGCUGGUAAAAAGGGUGAAGAUGGUACUCCUGUUCCUGGUCCAGGUGGAGCUGGAGAAGUUCAGACUAAUAACUCUAGAAGUAUGGGUACUAGUUUGUCAUGGGAAUCAAUUGGUUCCAGUAUUAGGGGGCUAGUUAUUGGAGCGGUUGACACAGCUGCCACUCUACUCACACCUGCUAAAAAACAUGCUCAACCUCAGGCUGCUCCUGUUCAAGAGCCUGGAACUACUCCUGAUACUGAUGAUGCUAGUGGAGAUUCUACUAUUACUACUGCUGCUGUUUCUAGUACUGAUGCUUCUAGUGGACAUACUCAACUUGGAGAUGGUUCUGAAGGAGCCGCUAGUCAAGGUGCUGAUAAAGGAGAAGCUACUCUUCCUGAAGCUCGUAAAGUCCCUUCUGGAGGUUCUCCUGGCUCUUCUCCAAACUCUUCUAAUAAUGGUUGGAAAGUAAUUUUUGGAGGCUCUGCUUCUGCCACUGUAGUUUCUGGUUCCCUUACUGGAUUUGGUUGGUGGAUCUACAAACGUUCUAGAGGAGAUCCUUGGGUUAGACAGAUAUGA